AUGUCAGGGAAAAAGAAGACCCUCUUAAAGGUUAUCAUCUUGGGAGAUUCCGGGGUGGGUAAAACAUCAUUAAUGCAACGAUUUGUCGACGAUAAGUUUAGUCAACAGUAUAAGGCAACUAUCGGGGCGGACUUCCUCAGGAAAGAUUUGACUUUGGAUAACAACAAGCAAGUCACAUUACAAAUUUGGGAUACUGCUGGUCAAGAAAGAUUCCAAAGUUUAGGGGUGGCCUUCUACAGAGGAGCAGAUUGUUGUAUCUUGUGUUUUGAUGUCACCAAUGAGAAAUCAUUGAACAACUUGACAUCUUGGAAAGAUGAAUUUUUGGUUCAAUCCAAUAUCUCCAAUCCUCAAGAUUUCCCCUUCAUCAUCAUUGGUAAUAAGAUUGAUGUUGAUGAUAGUAAGAAGAUUCCUUCCUUACAAAAGAAGUUGAACAAUAUUGUAAACCAGUUGGCCGUCAAUGCCAAUGGGUUGACGUAUCCUGUGUUUGAGACUUCUGCUAAGGAUGCAAUCAAUGUACAAGCUGCAUUUGAAGUUGUGGCUAAGAUGGCAUUACAACAAGAAGAAAUCAAUGAUGCCAAUGCCAAUGAUGCUUCUGAUGACUACAAUGAUGCCAUAAACAUACAUUUGGAAUCAGAACAAAGAGGCUGUUGCUGA